AUGGAAGCAGCCAGCAGCUAUGACAGAAACGAUACAUUUAAAAGUGCAAAAAAUAGGUCUACAAAAAAUAAUAGAGAACAACAGGAUGAAAAAAAUAACAGCAAUUUAUUGACUAUAUAUUCGUUCAUUAGCAGCUAUGUAUUUAAGGAAGACAUGAAUUAUGACGAAAAUGACAGCAGGUAUGAGUUGCUAGAGAGCCAAGAUUUGGAAAAUGAAAGCUACGAAAAGAAGGUCAGUUUUAGUGAGUAUAACGAAAAGGUGUAUCGGUAUUACAGAGGCAGGAGUGGAAGCGAUCAGGCAGGAGAAGUGGAAGACGAAGAGUAUGAAUAUGAUCAUGAGGAGGAAGAUGAGGAGGAAGAGGAAGGUGAAAGGGGGGAGGAUUAUGAGGAGGAAGACGAUGAAGAGGGGGACGAUGAGGAAGACGUAGAGGAAAACCAUGAGGAGGAUGAAGAAGAUGAAGGCCAUUACCAUGGCAUCUGCGCUGCGGACAGUGACGUGCAUGCAGUGGCCAGCGCAAAUGAAGAAGACAUAAUCGUGCAGGGAAGAGUCCCGCGUAAAAAAGGAAAAUCAAGGAGCCGCAGAAAAAAGGGAACACCACGCACGAAAAAUAAUAUGACCUCUAUGAAGGACACAAAAUACAGAAAUAAGCUAUACAAAAAGGGGAACAAAAAUAAAAUCCAUAACGUAAAUGAGGACUCUAUGGAGGACCACAGUAAUGGUCCCAUCAAAAGGAACAUUAACAACAUCUCCAAAUAUUUCAUGCUUUCUAUGGAUAAUAUAAACGAGCAAGAAAAUAUUUUUAAAGAUGAAAAACAAUUAUCCAGACAAAUGUCCUACUAUAACGAUGCGUACUAUUAUACCUCCGAAAUGAUAUAUAAAAAUAAUAAGCGGCACAAAGAGAAACUCGCAUUGUACUUGAGAUUAAUGUCUUUGUUUGUGAACAUAAUGAUUGGGAUUUACCUGAUAACACACUUCCCACACACGAAUAACGAAUUCGAAAUGAACUCGCAAAAUAGUCACUCCAAGGAACACGAAAAUUUAAAAGAAAUUAUUCGGAAUAGACUAGACCCUGCUAAAAAUGGUGCACCUGCAACAUAUGGGGAUAGCGCGGAUGCGCAUAUGAAUGCACUGACUAGCCAAAAUGAAGUGUUGAAAAAUAAUGAAAAAAAGAGGAAAUAUUUGGACAUUCUCUUUAGAGGCAGUUCCAAAGCUACGGAAAAGGAAAAGGAGUCCAAUUCGGCUUCUCCCUGGAAUGAUGAAAACAUCGUGGAUAGUACAAAGGAAGAUAAGGAGGCUGUCUUGGUACGGGGCAAUUCUUCCAAUCCCGUAGCAAAAAGCAGCAAAACAAGCGCAAAAGAAACUCCCCAAGUUAAUAACCAAAUCACAGAAAUAGACAUAGUAAAUUUAAUCUAUGAUGAGUACAUAAUGCACUACAUUUAUAUGGAAAUGAACAAAAUAUAUAAAUAUGCAAUAUAUUCAUUCUUCGGAGAAUUGCUAGUAAUAUCUAUCAUUGUAUUUUCACUAUUCAUUUUAAGGAUCAUUAUAAAAGAUAACAAUAAAUUUAGUGUAAUCCUAACAAUGUAA